CGCGACGACAGCCAGAGAGACAGGGACGGCUUCGUUGAUACGGUGGCCGCUGUUGGUCUACAUGCACGGUGCCGGUGCUUCGUCGUUCUUGAAGCACAGCAAGAAGUCCCUGCAGUCCGCCGGCCUGACCCGCUGCGCGGACGACUUCGUGAUUAUCUCCCCGCACUGCGACUGGAAGUGGAAUGACCAGCCGAAGCCGUGGGUCAACGAGCUUGUGGCCACGCUGCGGGCCGCGGAGUGGAUCGACCACCAGCGCAUCUAUUUAAGUUUGCGCGCAAGGCAUGGGCACCUGGGAGCUGGGCGCCGAGCGGCCCGAGCUCUAUGCGGCGGUGGCGCCCGUCGCUGCCUACCACAACGGCGAGCGCACCGAGCACAUCGCGCGGCGCCUCCGCGGCACGCCAGUCUUCGUGAUCCACUCGCUGCACGACGGGGUGUGCCCCCACUCGAAGGAGGUGCCCCUGUGGACUCUGCUGCGCGAGGAGGGCAACCGGCACCUGAAGGUCAGCCUGGCCCACCACGUGGACCACACCUUCAUGUUCGAGCGCGCGUACUGCGACGACGUCACCAUCUCGGUGGCUCCUGAGGUGGACCACGAAGCUGGAGUGAGAGAGCCGCUCUUCCUCUGCCUUGCCGUUGACCGCUGCGGGCAACCCGAUUCUUCCCUGGGAUUGCCAACUCAUCUCCGAGCUUGCCGCUGGCGUUUCACCCCUGCCGCUCGCACUAUUCAAUCGCUCCUGCUCCAGGACGUUUGGCAGCAGCGACUCCCGUGCGUGUAUCACCAGCGCGGGCAGCAGCACCGCCGUAAUAUCACCUUCUCGCUCUGCUCAAAGAGCAAACAGCAGCACAGACAUCAUUUCUCCGAGGUCCGCGCGGCUUUCUUCCUGGAUCGGCGCUGGGUCCCCCUGGCGGAGCCUCCGGCACCGCCCCCAAGAAGAAAUCCGCGCAGACCACCGAGAAAUGAUGUUUAUGCGGUUUUUGUUCCUCUGUCCUCUUCCC